GCAGGGACUCUGUAGAGGCUGGAACCCAGAACUCCCAGCUGAUUCAGACCUGAGGAAGGACCCAGGCGUCCCCUGCCUCCUGCAGCUCAACUCAGAGCCACCAGAGGGCUCCUCCCCCCAUGGAUUCCCAAACUUUUCCCCAAAACAUCUUUCACUUUCGAUCUCUGAUGUCUGGGCCCAGACCUGCCCUGGGCCUUCCCGGCCUAGACAGGGACCCUGGUGCGGGGCUGGGAUAGCAUGCCUGGGUCCCAGAGGAGUUAGGGGAGAAGACGCCUGGGUCCCCAAGGGGGCCCGGCAGCGGCAUGAGGGGCCCCAACUCAAGAUGACCGCCCCAGCCCCAGCCUGGCCCCUCACUGCCUUCAAGCUCCUGCUCCCGCUGCUCCUGCUCCCCAAGAACGCCCCCGCCAGCACCGAGGAUACCUGCACCUUCCCGGACAGCCCUGUCAGCUCCACCUUCCUCCAGGCCAUCAGUGACUUGUCCGACUAUAUGCUCAGGGACUACCCAGUGGAUGUCCCGGCUAAUCUUCAGGCGGACCAGCAGUGCUGGGCCCUGUGGCACCUGGCCUUGGCCAAGGGAACCCUGGAGCGCCUGAAGCUGGUGGCUGGGAGGAAGCUGCAGGUCCCCCUGGAGGCUGUGUACACUGAGGUCAACUUUGUCAGUCAAUGCAUCAACCAGUCCUUUCCCAGCUGCCUCCGUUUCCGCAAAGCCAACAUCUCUCACCUCCUCCUGGAUGUCUCCAGCCACCUGGCAGCCCUGCAGACCCUCAUCACUCACCAGAGCUUCCAGCCCUGCCAACAGUAUCGCUGCCAGCCAGAGCCCUCCACUGUCUCCACCCUCCCCUCACCUGGCAGUCUGGGGGCACUGGGAAACACCCUGAGACCACCCAAGCCCUCCAAAUUUAAUCUGCUGUCGCUGGGGGUGCUGCCAAUUCUGCUGCUACUGAUCCUGGUGGCUGCCUGGAGGUGGAAGCAAAGAAAGAGACACUCGAGACCAUCAAGAUCCCCCAAGUCCCCAACACCCCAGGUGAGCUUGGCUCAGCUCAAUGUGGGUGGGAUAGUGGGUGCCCCCCCCAUGUGCACAGACAGCAGCUGAUUCCCUGCCGGGGGGCUGUGGCUAGGGCCCCCCAAACUCUGUCCCCCAGGAUAUGCAGGUGAUGGUGCUUUGAAAGAAGACACAGAUGUCUGGAGGGCCUUGAAGGCAAAACCCAGAAGCUGGGGCUACCUCCUGAGGAAGCCUUCCAUAAGGAACCUAGCUUAGGAUUGGCCUCAUUCCCUUCUCCUUCGAUGAGUUGAGUUAUUGCUCUCUUCUGGGGAGCUAAGCACUCCCCCCCAAAAAAAACCCGGUGCCUACUGCCCCUUCUCUCUCCUCGAGAAGGGUAACCUGCCGGGUACCUUUGGACCAGCCCACCCUCUGUACAAAGCUCUGAGGAUGUACAUAAAACAUUUUCUAAUA